CGGGUCACCAGGCAUCAGGUCAUUUGGCUUGACAGCGGGCACCGCGUCAUCUGGCAAGGCAGUGGGCUCCGAGUCAACAGGCACGACAGUGGGGCACCGGGUCAUCAGGUACCGGAUUGUCUGGCUCGACAGCAGGCAUCGGGUCACCAGGUAUGACAGCGGGCACUGGGUCACCAGGCAUCAGGUCAUUUGGCUUGCCAGCGGGCACCGCGUCAUCUGGCAAGGCAGUGGGCACCGGGUCACCAAGCAUUGGAUCGUCUGGCUCGACAGCGGGCAUUGGGUCACCAGGCAUCAGGUCAUUUGGCUCGCCAGCGGGCACCGCGUCAUCUGGCAAGGCAGUGGGCACCGAGUCACCAGGUACGACAGCGGGCUCUGAGUCAAUUGGCACGACAGUGGGCACCGGAUCAUCUGGAUCAACAGCGGGCAUCGAGUCAACUGGCCUAAUAGGAUCGCCGCGUAGAGGCAUCAGGCCGAGUAGAGGCUUCAGGCUGAAC